CAGUCAAAUCGUAAUGGCGACUGCUGGAACAGCAGACUCGGGAUCAACAGCCCCGACAGGGACCAGUGGCAUCCGUAAAAUGGCCCCUGCAGAGAUGCCUGGCUCUUCAGGCACAACUCAGAGUAUGAAGAAGACCAUUGGACACCGGGGCGUUGAGACCACCACAGGAGAGACCACCUAUAAAAAGACCACGUCAUCUGCCCUAAAAGGUGCCAUCCAGUUGGGCAUUGCUCACACAGUUGGCAGCUUAAGCCAAAAGGCAGAAAGAGAUGUUCUCAUGCAGGAUUUCGUGGUGGUCGAAAGCAUCUUCUUCCCCAGUGAAGGCAGUAACCUGACUCCUGCUCAUCACUACACUGACUUUCGCUUUAAGACAUACGCUCCUAUUGCCUUUCGUUACUUCAGGGAACUCUUUGGCAUUCGUCCAGAUGACUACCUGUAUUCUCUGUGUAACGAGCCACUGAUCGAGCUGUCCAACCCCGGAGCCAGCGGAUCCAUCUUCUAUGUCUCUAGUGAUGACGAGUUCAUCAUCAAGACUGUUCAACACAAAGAGGCAGAGUUCCUCCAGAAACUCCUGCCUGGAUACUUCAUGAAUAUCAAUCAAAACAAGCGAACACUGCUACCUAAGUUCUAUGGAUUGUAUUGCGUUCAGGCAGGGGGCAAGAAUAUCCGUAUUGUAGUGAUGAACAAUCUUCUGCCCCGGAUAAUCCCCAUGCACAUCAAAUAUGACCUGAAGGGCUCCACCUAUAAGAGACGAGCGUCCCCUAAGGAGAGAGAAAAGGCUGUUCCCACUCACAAAGACCUGGACUUCAUCCAGGACUUGCCUGAUGGCCUGUUGCUGGAAGCAGACAACUACAAUGCCCUGAGCAAGACUAUACAGAGGGACUGCCUGCUCUUGCAGAGUUUCAAGAUCAUGGAUUACAGUCUGUUGUUGGGCAUCCACAACAUGGACCAGGCCAGUCGAGAGCGGGAGCGUGGUGGGGGCAAUUCGGGGGACAGUGGGGGGUCAGAGGGAGCUGUGACCCCAGAUCAGCGGAGACCACAAGCCCAGAAAAGUCUGUACUGUACAGCCAUGGAGUCCAUUCAGGGGGAGGCUCGGGGGAAGGGAGCUUUGGAUUCUGAAGACCACAUGGGUGGUAUUCCAUCUCGUAAUACUAAAGGAGAGAGGUUGCUGAUCUACAUCGGCAUCAUUGACAUACUCCAGUCCUACAGGUUCAUUAAGAAGUUGGAGCACUCCUGGAAGGCCUUGGUCCAUGAUGGGGACACAGUUUCAGUUCACAGACCUGGCUUCUAUGCAGAACGUUUCCAGCAAUUCAUGUGCAACACGGUGUUCAGGAAAAUUCCAUUAAAACCAUCACCAUCUAAGAAGAGUCGUGGCGGGGGUCAGGGAGGUCUUAGGAGGGCCCCCACCCUGGGAGCUCCCACCCCUCUCUCCUACGCAACAGGACAGUCAGGCACUGACUCCAGACUAGUCUACCACAGCCACUUCAAAAGCACAGACUCAGAGGCUGACAGUGGCAUGCAGUCAGGCAGACCAGAUCUUGUUCCGAGGACCCCUCCGCUGGUAGAAAACCCUGCUGACUGUGAGGCCAACCUGUCCGCUUCAUCACUAGGCAGCACAGGAGUUGCCUCCACCUCUCCUCCCCUACGGUCUGUAGGGGUGGAGGUGCACAAAUCAGCAAACACAGACCUUGACCAUGGCUCCUCUCACAGUUUGGAGGCAGGAGGGGCUUUAGACAAUUCAGGCAACCUGUCUGGAAACGAAGAUGUAGUUUCCCUCUCAGACAUCAUCCCUGAGACCAACAUCUGCUUUUAAAAAAAAAAAAAAAACAGACGGAAGUGGCAUCUAAAGACGAGGACGUUUUUGGUGAGGCGGGCGGAAGAAGACAAAGAAAGUGAAAGUCACAUCCACCACGGACCCUCCGGUGCACCUGUUUUCUCACCCAUGCAGUAUAUGCUGGGAAUGCUAGAUGAAGCAGCGAGGGGCUGUGGAGGUUGUGACAAUGAAGAAAGCCGUGGUGGGAAGUCAAGAAGACUGUGGGCAGUAGGCUUUCCCAGACACCAACACUCACUAUGUGCACUCAUUUGGCCCCCAGUGUCCCAAACCCCACCUGUCUUUCAUAUACACCUGGAGAAAAAAAAUCUCUGGCAGCAAUACAUUUAUCAAACCAACAUUUCCUGCUGCAGUGACAUGACAAACAAAAGAAUUAGCUGUAUAUUAUAAAAAGCCCAUGCACCAGUCACCAGUGGAUGGUGAAGGCUGGCAUAGUAUCCAUGAAGUGUCGGCCAUGGCGUGCACUUUUCGCAGCAUGAAGCGAUGUGAGAUGCCGCAGGCAGCAGUUCAGCAGGAUCACACACACGCACACACACACACACACUUAAGAGCACAUGAAGAGCAUAGCCUGCAUUUGUAGGUGUGAAUAAUUUCCUGUGUGUUCAUGCACAGUCUAAGUGGGUUCACAUCUCUGUGAUUCACACUCUAGUGUUCCUGUUACCGCACAUCCAUUUCCCCUCAUCACUCCUCAUGAGCAGGGGCACCCUGAGCUAACAGUGGUCAGAUCGUUCAAAUCAACACUUGCUGCUGUCAACUCUGCAAUCAUAUAUGUGUUUGUUUUUACUGGUUCUGGCUGUACAGUAUUUGUCUGAAAUUGGAUUUUGAAUCAGCGGAGGGAUGGGUUGAAGCAGACCCAUACAGUAAUUUGUUUCAUGUUUUGUUACAUAAGUUAUUCUGCUGGAAGCCACGGUGGUGCUGCAGAGGUCCAUGUAGAUCUUGCCACUGCUGAAUGUACAUUGCAAUGUUUCUCUUAUGUAGAAUGUGUCUUAUUAACAUGGCAGACCACAUUUGUACCACCCUGAAAAUCUCCCCCUCUGAUGUGACCAUAUGUGCUGAAGUAUAAAUGAAUACAGAGAAGAAGCAGCACUGGCCAGUACAUGCUGUUAAACAAAGUCAUACUAUUAAGCUAAUAGUAAUAAUUUCCAGCUCCUGUCACGUGUCUGUCAUCUGUGCCUUUACACGUUUGUCCCUUCCCUAACAUGUGAUGUAUAACUGACAUUUUUUACAGGUUAGUGUAGUUAGUCACACAGAAACCUGCCUUAUCACUACAGGUCAUUAAACUGCCAUUUUUAUGUGAGGAACGACCGCCGUCAGGUUUUUAAGGAGUUCCAGAUUUUAAUGCAAACACUAGUACAAUCUGUUUGAUUACGUGUAUGUCAGUGUGGUUCAUCAGCUCAGCCAAUCCAUUUAACUCUCCUGACAUCAGAUAGUGAGGAUGCUCUUAUUAAUCAUUUCUGCUGGUUACAGAAAUGACACCCGCCCACAUCCACUCUCGGACCAAUAUUACUAACUGUGUUUAUAACUAAUGUUUGUAUUUUUCUUUUUGUAUGUAUUCUUACUCCACUUUUACUCAGCUGCUCAUAACAUGAGAUGUUUUAUGUUUAUCUUAUUGUUUAGGGCACUGAACAAGCUACUGAGGUGGGUGGCAGAGAGCUCUUUACCCCAUGAGAUGUUUCUGAUACAGACAUUUCAAUCACUACCAAGUGACUGUAGCAAAACUCAAGAUCUUAGAGUCACCUCAUGUAAGGAAUUACUGUUCAUGUUAGUUAGGCACAUGUGGUCUAUGCAGCAGAGCGGGAGAAGGGUUAAUGUGAGUUGUGAAUAUGGAUGGAAAGAAAAUGACUCAUGUUCGUCAGUGCACAAUUGAGGAUUUGGGACUGAGUCUAUGUAUAAUAAGCCAGGCGCGGCACCAAAGAAGAGAGUAGGGGGUUCCUGCGAAUGUUCAGGAUCCAGUACAGUUAACAUGGAAAGGAAAUUAAACACUCCUGGACACCAUCUUGGACUGAUAUGUUGUAUAUGGUAAUAACACUGGGUUGACCUGUGUUUUAAGGAUCUAUUACUAAACUGGAGUUUUGUUUGUUUGUUUGUUUUUGCUAAACAAUUUCACGUCUGAUAAGCUACAUCUGACCUAGUCCCUGUAAGGAUUGUUUUUAUUUAUCAGCGAAUUGGUUUACAUUGUGGCCUGAUACAUUUCAAGAUUUAACCCCACAUUCCUGUGAAAUUAAAGUUAAAUUUACGAUAAAUUGUUGUAGCUCUUAGAACCCAUUAUUUCCCACUUUUGUGUAGUCUGGAUGAUGUAGUUGAUAUGAAUUAUUUCUGGUAUUGUGCUGAAGUGUAAAAUAUCGAUAAUUUAUAACAGAUCCGUCUUAAAGUCGUGUUUAGUUGGUUUUGAGUCAAACAGCCACCAAAGAAGACACUCCAAGAAAUUCUUCCUUGUUAAAAGGAUACAGAUUAUGUUUUGUAACACCUGCAUUUUCAUGUUUUAUGUUGGAAUUUUGUUGUUGUUGUUGAAUGGGUGGUACUGUGUAAUUGCUGGAUGCAGACCAGUUCUGUCACACUUGUUAUGAACUACACCACAGCACAAGAGAAACAUCCUUCGGUGCUUAAAGGGCAGCACACUCAGCGUAGACACUACGAUAUAUUUGAAGUAAUGCAAUAUGAACCACAAUCUGCCACCUUUCAGCUCUAAGAAGUAUAUUUAUUGAUAUGGUCGAUUGCUGCAGGCUGAAAUUAUAAAAGUUGUAUUAUGUACCUUAGAUGAUUGUACGUAUACUGUAUACUGACAGAAGGAUGUCUGAAACUUUAUAGUGUGUAUUGCCUAUGAAGGGGGACUAUUUGACAAUUUCACUUUUUUAUUUCUUGUUUAGUUUGUGAUAUGAUAGUUAGAUUCUCUCCAUGAUGAUUCUGGGUUGUUAAUCUCCCACGCUUUUUCUACAUGAAUGUUUCACAUGGCUUGUGAGCCAACAUUGCUGGUUGUCCUAUAUGCUUCAAGUACUAUAUUUUUACUGUGUAUAAAAUGUGUAUAUGUACAUAGGAGUCACGGAAAUGCCUUCUCAUGCAAUAUGUGCUGCCUGUUCCUCCUGCCAUGUUUCAGUUAUGUGGUGGUGAUGUUUUCAUGUCUGAUUUUAAAGGAUUAAACAUAUUUUCUAAAUCUUG